AUGACGUCGAUAAAGGGCGGCGUUGCUCUUGAAGGCACGACCGUGCCGCAACCCCGUCCGAUCAGUACCCAGACAGGAGAUGCGAGCUCAGCCUUCGAUGGACCUGCAGGCCCGCCUGUAGACUCUGGUUAUGGCAGCGCGUCACUGACCCCGAAACCCCUCGAAAAGACCGCCAAGCCGUGUUCCGUUGACAGCGGCGGUGGUGCUGGCCGAGUGCUGUUCCUUCCCUCUGGUAGGGGCAACUUGCAAGAGUUCAACAAGCCGGUCGACGCAGCGACUAUCGCUCGUUUCAAAGAUGUCCUCGAGCGGGUUGAAGCGCCGUUGCUCCGCCACAUGAAAAAGCGAUCAGUAAGGCGUGAGCCGAUGGCGUUGAGGCUGAUGGUGCUGGGACAGACUGAGGAAACCGCCAAAGUCUGGAUUGUGGUAUUAUGCCACGAGACUGGUGCCAAACGGGCCCGAAAGUACUUCGAACAACAACACGUGAAGGACGUCAUCCGACCAGAGGACUCAUCAAUCCCUUCCUUUGACGUUUUGGUGGUCGGCCAAUCUCCAAAGACCAGAGGCGCUGCAAUCGAUGUCUGUAUAAGGGAUCCCAUGGAUCCUCCGGGUCCGAUUACAACACUGUGUGGCGCACCGAUCAAGCUUGUCAACGGCGAUGAAUACCAGCUCGGAACCUGUGGGGGUCUUAUCAAGCUGACUUUUCACGACGGUGAUUAUGCUUUGUACGGUAUGACUGCCCGCCACCUCACAAAUCGAUGGGAUGGCGUACAUUCUCUACAUCUAGCGGCAAGUGAGGACGACAGCGAUCGCGACAGUGACCAUUGGGACCACGAGGACGAAGAUGAAGACGAGGACCUCAGCGACCCUGACGACCCAUUUGAGACACCCCAGCCUCCUGUACUCGGACCGGCGUGUGGCCUUGACGAACGGCCGUCGCCUGAAAAUCAUCUGUCCUCGUCGUGGCACAGGGUAGGACAGUUCAUUGCUCCAUCCGCCGCGCAGCUUCCUCGGAACCCACAGGAUUAUGAUUGGGCACUGAUUGGCUUUGACGACCGGCAUGCGUUCCGACCGAACAGCUUUGGAGCUUUCGAAGGCGGUCAUCGCCAAUACCGUGCAGGGGACUUCAAAGUGGGCGUCGUCGAUCUCAUGGAUUCAGCAACAUUCUCAGUCGUCAUGAAGAGUGGUGUGCAAGGGAUCCAGUCCGGAGUGAUGUCGUCUCUACCCUGUCGAGUCUGGCUAGGUUACGGCAAAGAGUUUGUGGAUGUGUACACCUUGAAUUUGGAAAAUGGCGCCGAAAUUCGUGACGGCGAUUCAGGGUCUUGGGUCCUCAAUCCAUCUCGGCUUGAAGUCUACGGACACGUCAUCGCCUCUGAUGCCUUUGGGUCAGGUUAUAUCAUUCCGAUGACCCGUAGCCUGGAAGAUAUCCGACAGACAGUAGACUUGGCCUCAGUUGAGCUCCCAACUUUAGUGGACGUAGCUAGCAAGGUGUUUUCGGAGGACUUCCAGGGCGACGACUAUGCGGAUCUAGCUGUUGUUUCCUCCCCCCCUCGAACACCAAAACGCCCGGUUGAGCAGGAUGACUUUGAACCCGAAGAGGCCCGUGACUUUAAGCGCCGAUUUUGGUCCCCAACGUCUGUGGAUCUCUCAACCGUUGGGCCCACCGCUUACUUGCCGCAAGACUCAGGCUAUGUAUCCCAGCUACCUUCUGCGCCUAGAUCAGCGGAAGGAACGCCCUUAACAGCUCGAAAGCCUAAAGCGCCGAUGGAUAGUGACGGAAUGAGAGACCAAGUCCCGUGCGACCAAGCGAGUCGUGUAUCCGAUGAAACAAAAGACACGCUACUCUUCGUCAACGAUUUCAAGUUCAUGGGCGGUGGACUAUUACCCGAUUCGGAGGAUAUUAUGAAGGAGUUCGAACGAAUGCCUACCUGGUACUAG